AUGGGGUUGACAUCCAAGAAAUCCAAUCCCGCUGGAACAGUUUAAAUCUGGGCCAGAAAACACGCCGGGGGAUAAGGAGGGAAGACCUGCAGUCCUACUUCGACGAGCAAAUGUGGCGUCAGUGGAGAGCGGGAACCCCUCAGCAAUCAAUGCAGAAUUUUUGGCCGUUCUAGCCAAUCAAUAUCUAAUUGAUCAUCCGGUUUUGUAAAUAUGCUACGGUUUUUACUUUCAGUUUUGAUAGAGACAGGUAAAGAAACAAUUAAGCUUUGUCCAUGACUAUGUUCAAUAGGUUUUACGUAGAUUAGGUCUACUGAUCACACUGGUCCGGAAAGCUUUUUUAACGAAAAGACGCACUUUUAAAAUAUGCGAUUUCAACUUGAAUUUUAAUUCAUUUUGAAAACCGACCUUUUCGAAUUCCCCGAUGUUGAUUUUUCUUGUAAUAUUGCGUUUUUUUGCCGUAGGUGACCAUUAUGAUGUUGCCAAAAAAAAAACAGUUUAUUCAUUUUCAUAGAUAGAGGCAAAGCUUUUUUGGAUUGUGGGAGCAAAAUGACGUUUUUCGAAGCGCCUGCGAAAGUGUGGUCGGGGCCUUGAUGUUGGGAAGUAUUUAACAUACAACAAUCAGAGUGUUCAAAAAUAAAACUUGAUUGAAAAGUUCAAAAGAUUGGUGAUUCAGUCGUAAUCCUUCCUUAAGGAGCAAAACUAGUAACAUUUUAAAACUAGAGUGCGAUACGAAUGUUGUUGUAUCGAUAGAUGACGCUGUUAUAAGUCAGAAAAAAGGUGCGACGAUAUCCAGUUUUAAUUACCUUCUAAAAAGUUACAGUAAAAGUUCAAGUAAUAUCUAAAUGGAAGUUGUCGUGGUGAAACCGGAACCCACGCGAGCGAAAAAAAGAGCGUCCUGAUCUGAGGGGAAGAGAAUCGCUUAAACAAAAACGGCAGCAUGGGAAAAUUUAUUUUCAAUAUUCUCCCGUCUUACUUCAUAUCCUCUCUAUGAAUCCUGUCUCUGAAUCUCCUAAAAAAAACUUAUGAAGUAUUCACCGUUAGUAUCGAGGUUUUUUGGACACUCCAUCGCACUCCAUAAGGUUAGACUCUCCACAAGUCUUUCUCGUCAGUACUGUAACCGAGCUCGAUAAAUGAACUUUGUCGAGGUAGAUUACUAAUCGAGGGAAGUGCAAAAAAUGCGUAAAGAAGAUAACCAAUUAUUAGUUCAAAAAACUAAUUAAUUCAAUAAACUUUUAAGAAAUUUAUUAACAAUUCGCGUUUCAAUAUUUUGCCAUGGGAAUUAAACUGUAAAUCAACAAUAAUAAAAGCUAUCUAACCUUUUAAAAAAAUUUUUUGAGGUGACUGUCUUGCUUACUAGGGGUGGGUUGGAAAAAAAACUGGAAUUUUGCCGAGAGUAGGUUAACCCUAACCUCAAUAAUAACAAUCAAGAUUUACUCCUAUCACUUUUUGAAAACUGUCAUAGAUUGACAAGGGAUGUUUCUCUUCUAUGUGAAAAUCGCAGCUAACAACAGAACCAACCAGAGCAAUUCCCCUUUGAAGUUGUGCAAAAGUUAUGAAAAAAUGCAAAUUUAGUGCGCCUCCCCACUUUUUAACCACGAAAAAUCGAUAAAAAAUUAAGGUUUUUAUGGAUUUUUAAAAAGCUUGAAAGGAACCUAGAACAAGACGAGGGCUAAUCUUUAGUAGUGUUAGAUUCCUCAUUUUAUCGCUUUAAGGUAUAUUUUUUACAAUAUGUAAAGUUAACUCGAAAACUUCUCUAGGUUCGCCCUCCCUACUGUUUAAAUUUUCUGUGUUGAAUCUGUUUAAAGAGGCCUGGAUCUUCAAGAAAACCUCAGGGUUAACGCGGGCUACGUAUAUCAUCCCCUUAAGAACCAGAAAAGAUGUAGAGUAGCACAAAUCCGGACUUUGAACCCCAAGAGAGUUAUGAACUAGUGCGCCCUUCCCUCUUUUUGAAACUUUCCAAGAAAUAUCUCAAAAAGGUCAAAGUGAUGGGCAAAACAUUUUAGCACAACAAAGCCAAGCCUAUUCUACAUCUUCACCCAAAACCCCGAGUCAAACCCUUAAUACCCCCAGCAUCUGGAAGAAUUAGGGAAAAAAAGUGGGGAGGGCGCACCUAAAGAAACCUGGUUAGGAGUUAACAUAAAGAGCUUCCAAUGAAUCAGCGUGCAUUUCUUUUGAGUGUUUUUGUUAUAGUUUUGUCCUCGGUGAUUGUGUAUUUUUCAGAAAAAUGAUGAAUGGCUCAAAAGUAUAUAAAUAGUUUCUCUCUCCACGCCUAAUAUGUUAAAUUUGUCCUGCCAAUCAUUUUGAAGUCGGAAAGCCAUGAGUAAGGAAGUUUUUCGCUUUCUAUAAAUUUCUUUUUUCUGCCUCUAACUUAAAUUGAUUUAUCUGAUCAAGUUUUUUUUUAAUUGGCAAUAGGAUGGCAACAAAAUAUGUGAACCGCUCCACCAAAUCUUAAUAAUUUGCAACUAAGGAAACGUGAUGAAUCUCGCUGGAAAGAUCCUUUUUUCCUACUCCCAAAACAGUACGUCUUAGAAUAGAACUUCGCUAAUAUCGAUAUCUGAGCUUGCGUAAAGUUUGGAUCUCGCGUUACCGAAAAAAGUUCACAUUCACCAUCGCUUGGGGCCGUGUAAAAUUAAUUUUAUUAAGUUAGGUACUUCAUGGGCUUGCUUGUAAAGCGAAGUAUCAUGUUAAUAAGUAUAUAUAUCCAUUAAAUUAUUCAUUCAUCUAUUUGGUUUUUUUUUGGUUUUUUUUUUAGAA